AUGGACUUCCGCAGGCCUCACGCCUCUGCUGAUGGGAGGAAAUCAUCUUAUAGCCAGGAUGCUGCUGUACAGGGAAGCACGUCGCGGUCGAACUCCCAAACAUCAGAGGAAGGCCCUACAGAAGGACUCUCAAUACCUGGUGUGCGCUUUGACGACCCGCCACCACCUCUGCCACCACCAAGAUACAAUGAAGAACUGGCCCAAGGUAUAGAUCUUGCCUGGAACUGGGGAAACAGCGAUCCAUUCAAGUUGGAGCGACGAUUGGCGCCGAUCAAUCCAGGCUCGAGUCUGUACAGAGGCUACAUGGAAUCGAGGAGGAACUCUGGCCGUUCAGAGGAAGGCGAGCAUGUUGACGUGGAUGACGACUACUAUCGUAGAGGCAGCACCGUGUCGACAGUAAGAUCACCCUCACAAGCCGAUAUACGUGCGGGUUUCCAUGUGCCACAUUUGGUCCGAAAGCCGCCUUCACCACCCUCCACAAACCAAAGACUACAAGGCGAGAUGCCUCUUGCACAACGAGAUUUCAAUCUUUCGGCGCAGGCAUACGACCAAAGGCUACUGAGCAAGAUCGGGAAACCGACUUCGCCGUCUCACCCUUCAAGAAGGUCAGGCUCAGCCGAAUCUACCUCUAUUUCUCACCACCUCUCACUUCAGACAAGGGAUUUCAGAGCGCAGCCACUGUCGACCAAUGAGCUUACACCGGCCUCGUUUGACCCGAUAUCCAGAUGGAUCACAAGCCCGGCAUCAGCAGGUGCUUCGCCGGGGUCCCGACCUGGUUGGCGUGAUUACAACAUGGAUCAUCGAAGUCCCUCGAUAGAGAGUGCGGCUGCUUCACUGGUCCUGGACCCAGAGUUGUUCGUUCAUUCUCGACCCAGCGGCUUACACUCCACCAGCGCCUCAGUCGCUGGGUUCGACGACCUGGCCAGUCUCGCAAGUCGGUCUCAAAGAGGCAGCUAUGAGCACGGAAUGUUCCUCGAAAGUGAUAUUGACAUUGCCGGCGACGAGAGUGGCGGCUUUCGCAAUUUACAUCUAGGUGAAUCUCAGCAGCAAGCGGGACGGCGAUCUCCUAAACAAGGGAUGAAGCGCAGGGCGCUGUCUCCUCCAUCCGAGGUGGCUCGGGACGACAGAUCGCCAUCACGUGGCACCUCUGCGAUAGAGUCGCUCCCAAAAUUUCACGCAACCAUGCCUGCACGAUCGUCCGUGUCAAGAUAUCAGCCUAAGCACGGAUCAGUGUCUUCGACGGCGUCUAGCGCAAGGCAUAAUUCCUACGCCUCUUCAAUUUCGCUUUCAAUUGCUGCCAGUAGCAUGACCAGCAUUUCAUCCUUCGACAAGCAGUCACCGCUAGACCCUUCACAGGCUGCAUACAUAACCUCGGCCCACCCUGUCUCGAGCCCUGCCACGUCAAUCACGCCAGCACGGAAGCAGCCUCCUCAACCUCCCAUCGAUACAAAACACCUUCAUGGAAAAAUGUCUAUUCAAAGUGCCGUGAGCGAUAGCAUGUUACCACCCGUCACCCGUAUCGGCAACUCUUUCAUAUGUGACUGUUGUCCGAAGAAGCCCAAGAAGUUUGACACGGAAGACGAGUUGAGAGCACAUCAAAUGGAGAAGCAGUACUCCUGCCAAUAUUGUAAUAAUCGAUUCAAGAACAAAAACGAGGCUGAGCGUCAUCAAAACUCCCUUCAUUUGCGCCGUUAUUCAUGGUCAUGUGCAGCCAUCGUCGACUAUCGCACCAUCUUCCACCCGGUACCGCCGACGCCAGCUUCGGCGGCUGGUACAGCUCAGUGCGAUGCCUGUGGCUACUGUGGGGAAGAAUUUACGAAUAUGCCCCAACCGGAUUGGAAUGGUCGGCUGGAUCACCUCACCAGCGUUCACAAGUUCGGUGAAUGUAAUCAAGCAAAGAAGUUCUAUCGGGCCGACCAUUUUCGACAACAUCUCAAGCACAGUCAUGCUGGCACAAGUGGAAAGUGGACCAAUAUGCUAGAGACGGUUUGUUUGCGCGAAGAACUUGCUCAAGAUUCUGCUGGUGUAUCGCCUACUGGCAGUGAGUCGAGUCCAGGCCGAGGGCCUAGCAGUCUUCCUGAUCCGCCCAUGGGUGGUGCUACCAUCAGUGAAUCUUGCAAUGAGACAUGA